AUGCUGAGGCCGCCACUCUUCGCCAUCGUCGCCGUCGCGCUGGCCCUGCACAGCUACGCGCAUCCGUUCUCUACCCCCGCGACGCGAACGCGCACCGCGCCCAGCCCAUUGACGGGGUGCACGCCCUCCGGGCUCUCCUGGACACCAAGCGGCACCCACGCCGACGCCCAGCCCAUCCUCUACCCCGCAAGCGACACCACGCCCGGGUGGUGCUUCGAGCUCGGGCGCCUCGUGUCGCCGCACGCGCUCGCGAUCCACGCCGCGUUCGCCGCGGGCGACACCGCGUCGUCCGACCAGCGCGUCAACGUGAGCGCUGCGCGCGCGUUCUGCGCGCACGAGUGCACCGACUGCGGCGCCUCGCCGUCGCACUGCGCCGCGUUCGUGAUUGCGCGCCUGGCAGCCCAGGCGCUCCGCCCAGGCGCGCUCACGCAGUGCGAGUACCCGCCCGACUCGUUCACGCCGCUCUCCGCAACCUGCGAGUACGCGUGCCUGCCCGGCCACCUGUCGUGCGGGCGCGCAUGCUACGACCCGCUGCACUGGCUCUGCCUCGACGGCGUCGACCUGCAGCCCAAGAGUGUCAUGUGCGGGCCGACGUCGCAGGUGUGCGUCGCGCAGCAGGACGGGCCGAUGGCCUGCCACGACGUCGGCGAGUCGGUCGGCACGUGCGGCGGCUGCCUCGACCCCGACGGCGCGCCCCUCGGCGGCGUCAACUGCCUCGCGGUGCCUGGUGUCCGCGGCGCGCGCUGCCACAGGGCACGGUGCGUCGCGACGCGCUGUCGCACCGGAUACGUGCUCGACGGUGAGGCGUGCCAGCCGCAAGCCGACGGCGCCAGCGCCAGCGACACUCGGCAGGUGCCGUUCGGAUAG